AUGUCAAACAAAAACAUGUCGGAAACAGAUGACCGGAGUAAAGACGCCAAAAAACGAGAAUAUAAUCGAAAUGCUCAACGGAUGUUCAGACAGCGUCGGAAGGAGCAUAUUCGGAACCUUGAGCGCGCAGAGCGAGAGCGUAUAACAAGUCAGACAAACAUGAUAGAGCAGUUGCGGCAGGAGAAUAUGGAACUUCGCCAGGAGAACGAGGCUCUAUCACGAUUCAGCUCAAGCUGUAGCUCUCCUUCAGUGCUUUCAGUUGGCCAGAUUUCAAACACUAGUCUAGGGGAGCCAACUUCUCUCAUGAUAAUGAACGAACCCGUCCCCAACGCCCACUCCCAUACCCAAUUUUCCGAAACACCUACGACAAGUGUCGCAUUAUCCCCCAGGAGCUCGAGUUCUUUCGACGAGGCUGCUGGCCUAUCUAACCGAUUCUGUAUCGUGACGCCCUACGACAUCAAGCAAGCCCGCAGCCAUCUACACUCACUCUUCCACCCUGUCUUGAGCCUUGCCGUGGGCGGUACAUUCCCAGAUCCACAAGUACAUUUUCUCGCCCUUGCAAGGCUUAGUCCUUCUCUCCCUCCGUCACUGCAGCCCACCGCCCUGCAGCUACAUAUUCCACACGAUGUACAUAUUGACAUGAUACCGUCGCCGCUUCUACGAGAUGCACUAUUAAAAUCAAAUCCAGUCAUGGUAGCUGCAUUCCUAGCAGAUGUCUGUACAUUCGUUUGUGACAUUGAAGACCGCGGGCAAGUGACUAUCUGGGGAGAAAAUUUCCUAAAUGAGAUUUCUUGGGAGUUCUCAGCGUCAGUGUUAGAACAGUGGGGAGGCUGGUUCCUCCCUUCGAUAUGGCGGGAGCGGGCGGACUUUUGGCGGCGCCAGAGAGGGGAUCCCCUUCUAGCCAACAACUGGGAGGAGGUUGUACAGAGCCUAUAG